AUGUGGCGGUUGAGUCUGUUAAAACGAGUCACAGGCUCUGUGGGAAGCAAGGUGAAAGAGUUGAGUUCUUCCCAACAACCGUACCAGCGGGUACUGCAGUUAUUGCAUUCGGAUGGUGAGGGGCUUCCUGCUGCAAAAGGAGUUUUUGACGAAUUUCGCGCUUUUUAUCGUCAAGUAACGACGAAUACAACUACAGUACUACGUGCAGAAGUUAAACCUCUUGAGGAAUUCUGUGGAAAUUCAAGUGAUGUGGAACCUUUUGCUUUAGUUAUGAUGAAGGUUCUUUGCGAUCUUCAAAAAUUGGAAGAGUUACGGUUUCUGUUUGCACAAUGUGUUCUCGAGAUUCCUUCCCCUUCAAUAGAAUUAUUUAACGUCUAUCUUCUUGCCAUUUCCCUUACCGAUACUUUUAAUCAAUAUGAGAUUGAGAAUGUUGUAGAGAUGAUGCGAACUAAGAAAGUACACCCUGAUGUUGUAACUCAACUUUCUCUUUUUAUUAUUUACUUACGACUUGGGCAAGACUAUUCCGUGUGGUGGCCGUCCAUACGCGAGGAAGUUUUGCGUAUAGCGAAGUCUGGCCAACGCCGUCAACAUCCGCUAUUAGAAGUUAGACUUCAACACUGUUUUCAAACUCUUCUGCGUGUGCAUCACGAUGUUACUAUGAUUCAAGAAUGCUUUGAUUUAUUAAAACUUAUUGAUAAAGAGAGAAUUUCUUCUCGUUUAUUGCUUCCGUAUAUGCUUCUUAGUGCCAACAAUGCGGCAACACCUCCUGCAAUAACUGUUCAAUUAAUAGAAUUAUUGGAAAAUGCAUGUAAAUUAGAAGCAACAUCAUCAGAAAAUUCCUCUACAACUCCUUCUUCAGAAGUUGACUCGAAAGAGGAGAAAAAAGAUAAUCAAUACUUAAAUGAUCCGGUAUUAAAUAAUGAAUUAACAGCAAUGAAACUUAUGGCGAAGUGUGCAAAAUGGGGAGACGCUAGUUCUGCAUCCUACUUGUAUAGGUACCUAUGUGAUCACCCUGGGGUGGUUUCUCCAGCUAAUCAAACAUCUCUGAUAUUGUUGUAUAUUGAAGCUAUGGCGCAAGCUGGUAUGUUAAAGGAGGCCCUAUUACUACUAGAGGAUGAAGUUCCUGAUGCAAACGCCCAACCAGGGCCGCGACCAAAACUUUUUCUUGAGUCUAGGCGUAUCACACUUCUUAACGCGGAUCCUAUCAUGACACUUGUGCGUCUUCUUGCUGUGGGUGGUACAAACAUUGAAGAGGGUUUAACAAUACUAGAGGAACGACAGGCAUCAGGUGGUCGAGUGAGUCAGAAAUCUCUUAAUGUUCUUCUUGAAGCGUGUGUCUUGUUAAAGGAUGAAACAAGGGCGUCUAUGGUGUUUAAUACUUUUAAUAGUUUUGGGACACAGAAGACAUCACGUACAUUUCUUCUUUUACUGCUUGCUUCACCCGAUCCAGUAUAUUCAGCCGAACGUUUGAAAGAGGUUAUGUCGGAGAUGACAGAUAUGGGAAUUGACUUAUCACCGGAUUUUCUCCGCGGAGCUCUUGAGUUGGCAAUUGAUGCCCAAAAUAUAUCUGUUGCCAUGCAGAUGAUAGAAUAUCAUGAAACGAAAAAUGUUUCUAUUGAAAGCAAGUUGUCCAUACGUCUUAUGCGGUUAUUAUGUCUUGUUGUAGAUAUUGAAAGUGUACGGCGUCUCCUCAGAGUGUUAAGGGCAACACAUUCUCCUGUUGAUCCCCGCGGCCUUUCUCUCUGCGUAGCUACUUUCAAAAAGUGGCUAAUUCCAUGUGAUGAUUUGGAAGCUCAUUAG